CUUUAGCCUUGACCUCUCCAUUUUGCCUUCGUGCCAUGCUGCACGGAGCGACACCGACAACGUAUGUUCCGACGCCGGCGGAUGUGUGGGGCCUAGGCAUUGCCAUCGUCGGGGGCGGCCAGUACUACGGCUGGAACGUUGGACUGGCGGCCGGGACGGUGAGUUUCGGCCUUGGUGUUGUCGUCAUGGGCACUGCGUACGUGUGCCUUGUCCUGUCGUUGGCAGAGAUCGCCAGCGCGCUUCCGUUUGCGGGCGGGGUCUAUGGUUUGGCUCGAUGCACGUUGGGCUUUUAUCUGGGCUUUCUCAUGGGCUGCUGCGAAAUCCUCGAGUACACGAUGUACGCCACGUGUGGCGCUGUGUCCGUGGCGCGCAUGGUGGCGGCGCAUGGGGCUUGGUUGAUGCCCUUCGAGCCGUUGAUGUGGGCUGUCACGUAUGCAGCACUGGUGGCGCUGCUUCGAGUGGGUGGCCGCCACUUUUGGCGAUGUAAUGUCGUGCUCACAAUGACGUCACUCGUCGUGAUAUUCCUCUACCUCAUGAGCGGCGUCAGCUAUGCAAAUUUGCCUGUCCACAGUGGCGGCGCCGACUACAUGGUGGUCGGUGGCGCGGUGCAAUUUCUUCGGUCCCUGCCCCACGCCGCGUGGUUCUACAGUGGCAUCGAAGCCGUAAAUACAUUUGCCAACGACGUUCCCGAUCCGAAGCGCAUCAUUCCACUCGGGCAACUGACCAGCCUCUUCACGCUCUUGGCGACAUCCGCCAGUGUUUACUUGACCUGCAUCAGCUUUCCCCCAGGAGUUGCCUCGUUGCCCCGAGCCGUACUUGCCUUGAACGGUGGCUUUUCAACAUCGUUCAACGUGACGGAGCCAACCGCGAUGCUGAUAUCGCUGCCUGCGACCAUCGCGACCAUGCCUGGCCUCAUCUUGGCGGCAAGCAACAUUCUGGCCGCCCUUGCGCGGUCCAAGCUCAUCCCUCCACUGCUAGCGCAUCGCCAUCCCACGUACAAAACUCCAUGCCAUGCCAUCUACGUGACCGUGCUGGUCAGCUUUGCCCCGUGCUUUUUCAGCCACUUCGUGGACGGGUUUGAGUCGACGAUGUACCACGUCGGGAUGGCGUUUGGCUUUGUGUCGUACAUUGCUCAGUGCGUGAGCUACAUCUACCUGAAGCGACGGCACCAACUCUUGAAGCGACAGUUCCUGAGCCCGGUGGGAGUGCCUGGCGCCAUCUUUGCCAUCGGGGUGUUUGGCAUGUCGAUGGUGUCGAUUUUGUUUUGUCAAAACGAUAGCCUGCCCUGCCUUGGGCUGUGCGCCGCCAUCGUCGUUGUCAAGUCACUGUACUAUCACUGGAUUGCAAGACAUCGCCAAAUGUUUUCGACGGAAGAGCGCGCGCUGCUCUUUUUUGCCCACUUGGCCAAACAAAAGCACGAAGCAAAACGACCGGUCCAGAGAUGGCACUACCGCCUCAAAGCUACGCAAUGGGGCCCGCAGUGGCGAGGCACAUUCUCGUCCAAGGUGCAAUCCAUCGUUCCAACCCACCACGACCCCCGUUUGAACAACCGCAUCACGCCGCUUCCCACUCUGCCAUGACAAGAAUUGGCAUGGUUCCACGGUGGAUCCGAUGGACGGGCGCCGUCGACGACAAUCCCCAAGAAGAGGUCAAUGAACGAUAGGCGCAGGGUCUCUAGCUAGAACGAAUCGACGACGUAGGGCUGUUGGCUUAUCGAACCAACGAUUUGGUCCCAUGUCAGAACAAACCCCAUCUCAA